AGCGAGCCAAGAAUAUAAUUAAGAUUAAUUAAUCUUAUGCUUCAUCUUAGCUGGUAUAUAUUUCCCAUCCACCGGAAGUAACCUUCUUAAUAGUAGUCGCAAGCUAUACUAUUCUCUGCCCGCCGGCCGGCUGGCCGGAAAAUCAAGAAAUCAAUUAUCAAAAGUCAAUCUGUUGAAGUCCCACAAAUCCAUCGGCCAUCAUGAUGUACAAUGAAAUAUCCCACUUCAGCCACCCCAACCACAAGAUGAAGUUCGAGUACUCCGAGCUGCCGUUCAAGUGCGACGGCUGCAACGAGGCGGGUAUCGGGUCGCGGUACAAGUGCGCCGCCGCAUGCGACUACGACCUCCACGUGCAUUGCGCCGUUCCGGCGUUGACUAUUGCCCACCCUUUCUACACCAAGUGCUCCUUCCAGUUCCUCGCUCAGCCGCCGGGAAGCGUGCCGAGGUACUGCAACGCCUGCGAGAAGGGCAUUACCGGGUUUCUUUACCACUGUAGUUCUUGCGGCUUUGAUCUCCAUCCUUGCUGCGCUAAGCUGCCCAUGGUGCUUCACGACGGAGAGGUUAAGCUUUACUUGUACCGCAAGGUGAGCGCAUCGUGCCACCGGUGCGGGAGAAAGGGGCGGAGCUGGAGCUACCGGACGGCAUGCAAGAAGUACAACCUGCACGUCGCGUGCGUGAAGGAGAUGCUGGUGGAUAGCUGGCAUCAGAUUUAUUCCGGCCGGAGAUCAUCUGGAAUUAGCAGCAACUCUUAUUAUGAUGAAACUGGGAGUAGGAAACUGGAGGCGGCUGCCGGCGGUGAAAUCCCGAGCCUGAAGGGCACUUUGCAGACAUAUCAUAGUAAGAGCAAAGGGAAGAAAGUGGCGAGAUGCUGUGAGGUGGCUGUUCUUGCUCUCCAGUUUGUCAUUUCUGCUCUUCUGGGAGACCCUACCACUCUCAUUGCUGGUGUUGUUGCUUCGCUCAUGUCGAAAUGAAUCCAAACAUAUCAAAUCUUAAUAAGUUUAUUUUGUCAUUUCUGUUGCAUGUUCUUGUGUAGUUUAAUGCAUGAAUGAAUUGCAUCUAUAUAUUUCUCUUACAUCCAACUAUAUAUAUAUGCUUUUCACUUCAACUUGUCCUUCUGAUUCCGAUCUAGUAUUCUACGAUCAAUGUAAAUUAUUCUUAAUUAAACGUUUACUUUAUGUAUCCAACUUGUAUCAAAUUUGACUUUUUAUGACUUUAUAAAACUUUAUCCUGUAACUUUCUGCUGUUAUCAUUAUUGAUCCUGUAACUUUAUUUAAGCAC